AGUUCGGUGCAAAUCACAUUUGAAGAGGGUCCUCAGUUACCACCGGCCACAAAUAUAAGUCGUGUGACGUGUGAGGGACAGUCGGACCGCAGCAUGGUGCUGUGCUGCCAUCUGUCAGCUGAAGCUGUGAAAUUCCCCGUCUCUGUUACUCAGCAGUCCCCGGUUUCUGUUUCUGUGGACACCUAUCACGUCUCUUUAGCUGUGCUGCAGGCUCAGGUGGAGAUCCACUUGGAGGAGAUACAUAAUGAAGGUCUGCUGGUGUCAUGGAUGUUCAAGGACAGACCGGACUUGAACCUUUUAGUUCUUCCGAGACUUCAACUUCAUGAGAAGAAUGAAGGGAGAGUGGAUCUGUCGACCAUAAAGGAUCUGAUUGAGGAUACCAUUGUCACCACGCAGCCAGCCAUGAUGGUGACUCUGAAGGCCUGCACCGCUGGAGCCAGCGUGGUACCUGGCAAUAGGCUGACUCGAGAGUCCCCGUCUGGAGUAGCAGCAGCCCCUCUGGGAUCUAAGCUGUUGCUGUUGCGGAAUCUUCGAGCGCUGAACUUGGGCUGCCAGGGGAAAGGAGGACUCGGAGAGAUAUGCUGUGUGGCAGAGCUAGACAGCCCGCCGCAGCAGAAGCGGACAAGGCCGGCAACAGCUGGCAGUGCUGGUGCUGCAGUAGAGAUGGAGUGGGAUGAGGAGCUCUCUCUGGAGUUGGGACCUAGAAGUAAAGAGCUGAAGCUGCAGGUGCUGGGGAACAGCGAUGGAGGGGCAAAUGUGCUGCUGGCACAUGCCACGCUUUUGCUUGAUACGUUGGGCAAACAACCGUCUGGGAGACGGGUCUGCUCGCUGGCCCCGGGAGCUGGGCAGUCGCUGGCAGCCGAAGCUACCAUUAUAUUGGAGCUGCUGUUCCAGGAACCUCCGGCAUCCUUGAACGCUCAGCAUGCCACAUCUCUGCGAACCAGCAUCACACCCACUAAGAAGGUGGAAAUGGACCGGACCAUUAUGCCUGACGGCACCAUUGUGACUACUGUCACCACGAUUCAGUCCCGGCCCAAGGCAGACUGCAAACUGGAUUCACCAUCGAGGUCGCCUUCCAAGGUAGAAGUGACAGAAAAGAAGACAACGGUGCUUUUGGAGAGCAGCUGCCCUCAUGGCCCCUUGCCCGGCAGUAGCUGGGAUAGUCAUACGCCCAACGGCUUGGAUCCAGUGGCUGAGACAGCGAUCAGGCAGCUAACUGAGGCGAAUAACAAGCCCAUGAAGAAGACCCCGACGAAACGUAGCACGCUGAUCAUCUCGGGAGUGUCCAAGGUACCUAUUGCUCAAGAUGAAAUGGCACUUUCUCUGGGUUAUGCUGCGUCCCUGGAGGCCACGGCUUGCGGGGAGUCUGCGGCGGAGUGCGCAGCCGACCGGAUGCGCGAUUCUACCGAAUCGUCACAGCUGCUGGAAGCGUCUCUGUCAGGACAAAGGGCCGGUCAGGAGCCGGAUGAGACGACGCGAUCAGACAUCUCCGAGCGACCAUCGGUAGAAGAUGUCGAGUCUGAAACCGGCUCCACGGGAGCCCUCGAGACGAGGAGCUUGAAAGAUCACAAAGUUAGCUUUCUUCGGAGCGGUACCAAGCUUAUCUUCCGGAGAAGGAGCAAGCAGAAGGAAGUGGGCCUGAGCCAGUCGCACGAUGACUUGUCCAAUGUCACCGCCGACUCUGUCGCCAGGAAGAAAGCUGGCAGCUUCUCCCACCGCCUCAUCAAACGCUUCUCCUUCAAGUCUAAAUCCAAAGCCAAAGCUAGUGAGAGCACAACAGCAGGUGAGAACUGA